AUGAUCUGUGUUGUAUACUGCAUCACUGGAGUUUUGGGACCCGAUAUCUGGGACGUUCAACUCUUGAGUCUUGAUUUGUCGUCAUUGAACAUUGGCGUAGAGCAAGUCACUAUAGACGGCAAAACUGCCUGUGCUGUGCUUGGAUUGGCUUCUCUCUACUUCAACAUCGCUUCUGCAAUGCACAACGUCAAUAAAAAGUUCCUGGAAAAGAACAAGGAUAACGAGGAAAAGGUGCAAACUAAAACCAUGGAAGCUUUUCAUGGACUAUACCCUUUCUUUGGCUACUAUUUGAGUAUCAUAUUGUUGACUUGGGUAUACCCAGACUACUUGUAUACCCACGCCAUGCCAUUGUUGUUGUCCAUUGGCCUUACCAUUGCGUUCUCUGUUGGCCGUAUCAUUUUGGCUCAUUUAACCUUACAAAAGUUCCCCAUGAUCCAGCUCCCCAUGUUCUUGCCUUUAGCCCAAUUGAUAUUGACGCACUUUCUCGUCAACAUUUACAACUAUGACCAGGAUGAUGUCUUACUUUGCGUUAGUUGGCUCGGAUUCGGCGUCACCUUGGGAGUGCAUGGCAUGUUCAUCAACGAAAUUAUCUACGAGAUCACCACCUACUUGGAUAUCUACGCCUUGUCCAUCAAGCACAAGCGUGCCUGA